AACACGUUGAUGAGUUACUUCUUCGUUGAAGCCAGCGUCUGCUUGGAUUAAUUAAGUUUCCCGCGAAUACGAACCAAGCGGAUGUUAUUGUGGUGCCGGAAGUAAAACAGCACAAUGAAAGUUGUCAAUUUCGCCUCCAAUCUGCCAAAUAUGGUGUGGACCAAGAGCAAACUGAGGUCCACUGGAGGAGGUUCUGAACGGAACGUCCAAUCAGCGACAAGGACCCCCCAUGGCCCCUGGUUGAGGAGGGUAAGUCGAGCGUCCUUGUUGUCGGCCAUCGCAAGUUUCUCUUCAGUUUGAAGUUUUCGUUUGGAUUUUUGGGUGAUCGUAGGGACGGAUUGCUUAGCGCUGCUGACUGUGGUCUCAGGACCAUAGAUUAAGUUUCCUUAUGGCACAGCCUUCAGAGGAACCCCCAUUCUUAACGGUAGGAACGGAUGUUAGUGCCAAAUAUCGAGGAGCUUUUUGUGAAGCUAACGUGAAGGUUGUGAAGAAGCUUGUCAAAUGCAAGGUUACAUUUACUAAAACAAACACUUCGGUCACAAUUAAUGAUGAUUGUGUCAAAGGCUCUUUGAAGGUGGGAGCAGUGGUUGAAGCCAAGAAUCCCGAUGGCCAAUUUAUGGAAGGAGUUAUAACCAAACUCACCGACGCCAGCGUCUACACUGUUGUUUUUGAUGAUGGCGAUGAAAGAACAUUGAGAAGGACUUCUCUGUGUUUGAAAGGGGGACGACAUUUCAACGAAAGUGAGACCCUUGACCAUCUUCCCCUCACAGAUCCUGAAAAUUUUGGUACCCCAGUUGUGCAGGAUGGAAAGAAAAGGAAAAAGAGAAGACUAAGUCAGGCAGCAAGUAUGGAUGAUUCUGAAACAGAGCGAGAUGAACAGAGAUCAGCUCCGACAAAGAAGAAGUGUUUAUUUGAUGACAGCAUUGUUGGCAAGGUUGUCAUUGUAGAAAGUGGAUCAAAAAGGAGAAACAUGUGGUUUCCAGCUUUGGGUGUCAAUCCAAGUAAGAAUGAGGUUGAUUUGAUGAAAACAAAAGAGAAAUGCCUCGUCCGCUCUUUCAAAGAUGGAAAAUACCAUGUGAUAAAUGUUAAGGAUGCAAAAGAUUUCUCCAAGGAUCAAGAUCCAGUGCAUGGUGUAACGAAAGGUGAAAACAGAAAAUUAAAAGCAGCUGUAGAAAGAGCACUGACUUAUUUAGACACUGGAAGAAUUCCAGGAAUCUGGGAGGAAAAUUCCUCUGAUGUAAUAGUUCAUGGAGACAGUGAAGAAGACUCUAAGAAGCCUCAUUCUUCAGAAGAUGAGGGGAGUAUUGAAGAAGAUGAAGAGAAGAAGGCUUUUAAAGAAAAGCUAAUGGCAUUCAUGCAAGAGAAAGGUAAAGAAAUAAAAUAUGUAAAUAGCUUAAUAUAAUGAGGGAAAUGCUUUACAGUCGUGGACCGAGAAACUUGUGGUCCUAACCUAAAUUAGAACAAUAAACAAGGUAGGUUUAUUUUACACCCUGUACUUAUAGUAAUUAGACAAAUAGAACUAUUCAAAGUUCAUGAAGUCCCAUUAACCAAAUAAUAACACAAAAUUCUAAUGAGUUCUGGAGUGGAGCAAAUUAAACAAGUAGUCUUCAUCAAUCUAAAUAUCAGAAUUUGAUUACACACAGGCUUUCU